AUGCAGAUUCGCCGCGCCCUCUUUUCCGCUGGAAUCGUGUGCGCUGCCCCACCUGCUCCUCCGGGUGCCAACGAGGAAAACCGUCGCCUCAUUCGUAUUGAUGUCGAGCUGGGCGGAGGCCCCGGCUCACAAAACCUGUGCGAUGAGUUCGAGUGGGAUCUUGGAAUCGGCUCGAUGAACUCCCCAGAGCUUUUUGCCCACUGCCUCUGCAGCGAUGCUGGAAUUCCUCAGAAACAUGCCGCCACGGUCGCCAGAGCCAUUCGCGAAAAACUCGUCCUCGCCCACGCCAUUGCCUACGGAGACGAAGAGACCAAACGGAUGGCAUUGAGCGUGCUGCCCGAAGAUGAUCCCUUGCGGAACCCGUUACCAAAAGUCUUUUCCGUCUUCUCGAGAGAUGUCGACCAUAGCGCCGCAUCACGGGAAGCAAACGAGGCCGAAAUCAACGACACGUAUAUUGCUCCUCUUGUGGACGCCGUUGUCGCAGAGUCUGAACGACGCUCCACUGAAUGUAAACGCAACAUGGAGGACGAGAGGAAGCGAAAAGAGUUUGAGGCGACGAGGGCAGUCGAGGAGGUCGACGAAGCGGAGAGACAAGCAAAGAUCGAAAAAAGCCUGCUGGAAGUCGAGCAGGCGGCCAUUGAGUUGCAGAAGGAGCGAGGUCUAGAUUUCCGUCCGUAUCUCGCCCUCAAGAUAGCACGUGGAGAACGAUUAGGGACAUGGACACCCGCCGUGUUUGAUCGCAAGCGGAGAAGACAGACUUCUUUCCCAAUGACAGCCGUGUCCAGGCUUCAUACAGCCGUGAUUCCAGCGGGUCCACGUGCGGCCAGAAAAAGACGGUCUACUCACCGUCGAGAUAGACGUAGCGAAAGUCGCAGUCAACUGUCGACGUCUGCGACGACACCUGUGAAACGGCCAGCAGAGGCCAUGGAGAGCGACGUGAAAGGGGAAUUGAAGCGAGUUGUCGUCAAUGUCAAGGAUCUAGCGGUGUGUGUACGUCUCAGGGUCAGGCCGGCGCGAAUCACGUCAAACAGAAAUGGGUCAAACCCCAAAAAGCGUCGUCGCCGAUGAUCCCUGUAUUGUUUUUGUUUUUUGUUUUUUUUUGUUUUGCAACUCACACACCUUUGGUUCAUUCCCAGCGUUAACAUUUAACCCUCGAUAUUUGCAAGACGGUCUCGCUUCGCCGUACACAACUUGCUUUCCCAUACCAGCAGCUGGUCUUGUUGAUAUUUCACAAUAAAACAGUUGCGGAGAUCACCAUCAAACGUUUCA